AUUAAAGAAGCGACCACAAGCGAAGGCCCUAAACUUUCCUGGAUAAAGUUUACAUAUGAUGUGCACUUCAUUGGAAUUAUAACAUAUAAGGGCUUCGGGAGUUUAACCACAUUAGAGCGAAAGGAGAAGGAAGACGAAAACGAGGCAAAAUCAAUAAAUCUAGAGAUUUUAAUCUCGUGUUUAUCAAAAUAUAUUUCCAGAAAAAUAAUCAUUACGCUUAAUCAUCUCAGUGGAGAAAGAACUAAAACGCUAAAUGGCUUCUACGACCAAAAAACUUCUUGAAGGGAGGGUAUAUAAUAAGUAUGAAUGGGUGUUAAUGGAUGAAGGAAAUACUGCAACUGUUGGGAUCAGUAACCAUGGUCAGACUCAAUUAGGAGAAAUGUUUCACGUCGAACUACCUGUGGUAGGAGAUUCAGUAGAAAUUAACGAUUCCUGUGGAUCUGUAGAAAGUUUACAUGCUGCCACUGACGUCUUCGCUCCUUUAUCAGGAGAAAUUGUCGAAGUGAACACAAUACUUAAAUCUUCACCUAACCUCAUCAACAAGAGCCCAUUAAACCAUGGCUGGCUUUUUAAGAUGAAAGUGAAAGAUGUUACAGAACUCGGUAAACUAAUUGCAGAAGAGCAGUAUCUUGCAACUUUAGAAGACUUUUAAAAGCAGGCGAAUGGUAACUAAAAGGAGCCCACCCUAUAAUGAAUGGUGCUCAACAUGCAAAUAUAGCGGCUCAUCCUGUAGAAGUGAAGCAUUGAUGACAGACUGUAUUGUACUUUAUAAGUGCAUUUCCUUUUUCAUAGUAUGGGCUUGUCACUUAUUUUAUUUGACUGUAUUCCAAAAACAGAUAGGAUUUAAUGUUACUUGUGGC